AUGGAUUAUGCUGAAAUGCGAAGUACUCGUGCAACUGAGUUGGUCAAAGAUAAGUGCAUCACUGUUAUUAGAUUCCAAAAAUCAGCAAUAGAUCUUGUAGCAGAAGUUGCCAGACUUAAUGUUAUACUACUUAAGAUGUUUGAAUUUUCAACUAUUGAUUACAUGGCGCGUUACGCGAAUGCUUGCUAUGCCAUUCAGGAGGGUUCCGCGUUCGCGAAGGUGUAUAAAGAUGGGCAUCGCAUUCGCGUGUUGGAGCUUGCGUUUGCGAAGAGGAAGAAGAGGCAGUUGAGACCCCACGCAUUUGGUCUUCGCGUUUGCAAUUGUGUUACGCGUUCAUGA